AUUGACCGUUAGAGGUCGCUGUGGCUAAAGCUAAUCGCGUUUGGUUUGUUUUGAAGCAAAAUGUCGCGAUAACUCACCGGAACUCGAUUCAAACUGAGGCGGGUUGAGACGAACGAUAGUUUUGUGGAGAAGAUGCCUCCAGAUGAGGAGAAUGAGCUGCUGCGUAGCCAGCUGAAGCAGAGUGAGGAGCAGGCCCGUCGGGCCGCCCAGGCAGGCCUGGACCUGCUGAAGCAGCAGGAUGAGCUCCAGGAGCGGCUGGAGGAGCAGAGAGUGGAGAUGACCAACGCUCUGGAGGCUCUGGAGCAGGACAAGUACUCCCUGCAGAAGGAAGUGGAGCUGAAGACCCGGAUGCUGGAGUCUCUGCAGUCGGAAUACGAGAGCAUGAAGAACCUGCAGAAACAGCAGCUUCAGGAACAUCAGGAACAUCUGGAGAGGAGCCACAGCGUGGCUCUGACUGAGCACCAGAACAAGAUCCUGACGCUGCAGUCUGCUGUGGAGGAGUUCCAGCUGAGUGAAAAGCAGCUGAAGCACAAGCUGGAGGUGCAGGCCGAGACGCUGAGCAGCAAGAUGGAGGAGCUGCGCGCGCUCAGUGAGAACACCCAGAGCUCCAUGACGACAGAGAUGAUGGAGGUGCAGCUGAAGACCAUGGAGCUGGAGAGCGCUAAGGUGGAGCUGGAGCAGAUCCUGCAGGAGAGUCGCUACAGAGAGCAGCAGCUGGAGCUGAGCAACAGCCGUCUGCAGAGGCAGGUGGAGCACCUCACCGAGGAGAAGGAGGAGAGGGAGAGGGAAGCCGUGUCCUGGUUCAACUCCCUGGAGAAAUCUCGAGAACUAAACCGGGAUCUGCAGAUCCAGUUGGAUCAGGUUCUUCAGCAGGCCCAGGAUCCAAACAGCCGGGGCAAUUCUCUGUUUGCUGAGCUGGAGGAUAAGAGAGCUGCAAUGGAGAGACAGCUGAUCAGCAUGAAGGUGCAGCAUCAGUCGCUGCAGAAGAUGCACACCUUCAGUAAGCAGCAGAUGCAGCGCAUGAAGGUCCAGAUCGCCACUCUGAUGCAGCUGCAAGGCUCCAGGGCUGACCCUGCUCAGCUGGAGAGGCUGCAGUCCAUGCUGUCGGAGAAGAACGCCGAGAUCCAGAGUCUGAUGACCAAACUGCAGAGGCUGGAGAAGAUGGAGACGUUGCUGAAGUCUCAACCAGCCAAUCCCGUCCAAGCAGAAUCAGUCGGUGGUCAGGAUGAAACGUACUACACUGACCUGCUCCAACUCAAGCUCAACAACUCUGUUAAGGAUGCGGAGCGGCUGGGAGAUGAGCUGUCCUUGCAGAGGAUGAAGUCUCUGUCAGAGAGCCAGAGAGCUCUGGAGCUGGAGAGGAAGCUGUUUACGUCUGAGCGGCUGCUCAAACAGACUCAGAGCGACAAGAUCAAGCUGCAGCUGCGUGUCGAGGAGCUUCAGCAGAAAUAUGAACCCAAAGAGGUGAAGAAGUACCCUAUCCAGAGGAAAAGAAAGGAAAAGCUUCCUGUCGAUGUGAAGCCUGAACCUGACGGGAGCGCUCACAGAGAGCAGGUUGUUGCCGUGGAGAUUGAGGAGACUGACCAUAUGAAAGUGGGCUGUGAAGAUGAAAACAGCCCUGCAGAGAUAACAGCUGCUGCUCCAGCGUCUGAACCAGAGCCUGAGCUGAAACCUGCCAAGUGUGUGAAGAUCAGCUCUGAUCAGCCUGAUGUGAUCCCCAGUCCCAGCUGGCCUGUAACUGACCAGAAGGAAGAGACAAAGAACAACCAGGAAGUGAGGAGAAAGAAACCAAAAACAGAGGUGAUCUACGUCACUUCUAAUAACACCAUGGAGAACCAGUGCACCCAGCAGUAGAUGUCUCCAUCACCCCAUUAAAUAUGGAUGUGUGUGUGUGUGUGUAUGUGUAAUAGUGGAACUCUGGGGAGGUUCUAAAAUGUUUGUCGGAUAUUUCUGUUCCUAAGUUAUAACCAUGUUUUUCAGAACUUUACUACUAGCGCUGUGUUUAUAUAUUAAAGAAAUUACAACUUCUAACAC